AUGUUGAAUGGGGUAGAUGUAUUAGUUUUUCUCCUAAGUCUCACAUAUGUGCUUUGUGCCGAUUUUUCUGAAAAAGAUGCUAUUGUUUAUCUAAAUAGAUAUGAACAUAAUAUCGAUAAUAAAACAGAUCUCUCAACUUCGUUGAUUACCUUCCAAGAAAGGUAUAAUUUACCGGUGGAUGGAUUGCUUAAUAAUGAAACUAUCAAAUUUAUGCGUCGCCCGCGUUGUCAACACAGUGAUAACGAUUUUAUAGCAAGAACAGCAUGGAAGAAACAUCACCUGCAAUGGUAUUUUCCUCAAAGAACGGUUGAUGCUCAGAAAGAUGCGGAAAUGGCUUUUCAGAUGUGGCAAAAUGUUUCAAACUUAACAUUCACAAUGGUUACAACUCCAGGUGUGGAUCCUCCUGAUAUUACCAUAACUAUGGUAAGUAAAACUCAUUAUUUUAGAAGAAAUUGUAUGGGUGGUGAUGAAUGCCCAACUAAAGUAGGUGGAGCUGUUUUAGGGCAUUCUUACUUUCCUAAUGCCGACGGAACAUGUAUAGAAAUCCAUUUAGAUAUAGAUCAGUCCUGGCAUUUUGGAACUGAUUCUAUUCCCGAAGGUCGUACUAGUUUUCUUAUGGUAUUAGUUCAUGAAAUCGGACAUGCUCUCGGAAUAGCUCAUAGUGCUACUCCAAAUGCUAUCAUGUAUAGCGUCUAUGCAGAUAAGAUUCGUGUUUUACAUGAUGAUGAUAUAAAUGCUGUGCAAUAUUUAUAUGGGGCUAAAAGUAAAUACGCUCCAAUCCCAAAGUUCACAAACAUGCAUAUACCAACAAAUAUCUCAACAACCACAAUACUACCACCUUCUAGUAGGCAGUCAAUCCACCCGCACCAUACAACGCCACAUUUAACAUCAACUACAACCACAAGACCAGCACCUCCUAGGCAGUCAAUCCACCCACACCAUACAACGCUGCAUACGCCAUCAAGUACAACGACAAGACCUACGACUCGUAAACAGCUGAUCUUCAAAAAUUUGUGUGAUAUUAUUCCAGAUUUUAUGUUUCUAGCCACUGCUCCAGAGUUCUCAAAUUAUCGAUUAUAUAUUGCUCAUAACAAAUUUAUAUGGAAACUAGACUUAAAUGGAAUGAUUAUUCCAUCUCAACCAGAACUCCUUAUCGAUUAUGUACCUACAGAAUUACGUCAGUACACUUUACAACACAUUUUUCAAACAACAAGCGGUGAUUUGGUUACAAUUGUGUCUCCCAACAAAUAUUUCUCAGCAUCAUUCCCUAGUAUUCAAUAUAUUGAUAAUUUUUCACUUAAUAUACCUAAUAAAGCGCGCAUCAAUGCUAUUUUUCAAUCAAAUGCAGGGCGAUCCUAUACUUUUUAUAAUAAUAUGUCAUAUAUAGAAUUUUCUAAUGAUUUUAUGACUGAGAGUGGUAGAGGUAAAAUAAAAGACCUAUUUCCUGGUAUACCUGAAGAUAUUUCUCUCGCAUUCCGAUGGACUGAUGGCCAUAUUUACUUUUUCCGUCAAAGUAAUUACUAUAAAUUUAAUGAAUUUACAAGAAAAGUUGUCGCAGGUGGACAAUUUAGUUGGAAUCUAUUUGGAGUGCCUUGUCCAAACGAAAAUAUUUUAUAUCAAUUAAAGACUCUGCUAUCUAAACUUACAUCUAUAUAUAGUUAA